CUUAACCUCCUAAUUAAACAAUAUUAAGCACUCUCUCUGCUCUCUUUUUUUUUUGGUCGAACUCUCUCUGCUCUCUAGCUACUUUGUUUUUGUGUUUUUUUUUUCGCACCAAAGAUGGAGAAAACAGUGAGUGAAGCAUUUGGCUACCAAGCCAUUUCAGUUGUACUCUUACUCCUUAUCAUUCUUAACUUGCUCCUUAUCCUACACAUGCCCUCCAGUUUCUGGUAUGUGCCCUUGUUUAUAUGCUUCCUUUGUGAUGUGUUGCAAAUUAUUGUUUGGUCGGAGAGCUUCAAGUGCAAGACAAUCCAAAAAAGAAGUUGCAUUGCCAGGAAACAAGAAGUUAAUUGCCUUCAUGAAAAUGGAAGCGUUGUAGAUGACAAGAAACAGCUGUCUACAGGAGAACUUGGACAGAUAAUGGAGAAACUGGGAACAUUACUUGAUGCAGAUGGUGGAGAAGUAGUUGAGGGGAGACUUGGGUCAAAGGAGAUUGCUGACUUGUUGGAGGAGGAACCAAGCCUGGAGGAAGUAAAAGAAGCUUUUCAUGUGUUUGAUGAGAAUAAGGACGGGUUCAUUGAUGCAGGGGAGAUAAACAAGGUUCUCUGUGCGUUGGGUUUUGUUGGAGCUUCAGAAGUGGAAUGCAAAAGAAUGAUCAAAGCCUUCGAUCGUGACGGAGAUGGACGAAUAGAUUUCAAUGAAUUUGUUCAACUCAUGGAGAACAGCUUCUGCUGAGCACAGCAUAAAAUCCUCAACUAUAGACCAGAGAAAUAUCUCUUCUAUUAUAUUACCACCCUUUCUUUCUUUCUUUCUUUCUUCCUUUUUUCUUUCCCCUUCUGCUUUCAAUGUUUCGAAAUCAACUAGACUAAUUCUGUCACGACCCUGCAAACAUUUGAAAACUGGUGAAAUUGUAAACAAGUAUAUCUUUCCAAAAGAUAAAGGGCAGGGCUUUAAGUUGCAACUGUUAAGAAGUUUCGAAAGCGUUGACCAAGAAAGAUAAAGCCAUCAAAUGUCAAUAAGUUUACAACAAAAUAAAUAAAAUUAGGGUCAACUUGCUCAGAAAGCAAACUGAUAUAUGUUAUCAUAAAU